CUCAUCUCGUCUCGCGAAGCAACGGCCAAAACCCCCUUCCCCCUCCUCCCCGCGCUCGUUCAGCGAUGUCAGCACCUCUCGAGCUCUUCCUCUUCAGCGCCUGCUCUCUCCCCAAGGCCUCCAUCUCCCGGCCUCCUCGCUCUCCCCUCCUCCACGCUGCUUCUCCCUCGCGUCUCGCCGCCGCCGCCGUCGCCAAUCGGCGGGGAAGCGCUUUGAUCCGCUCCGCUCCGCCGAGCUCGCGCCGCCGCUGCGUCGGCGACGAGUUCUCCGGCGUCGAGAUUGGAGGCGGAGGAGACGAAGAGGAGGAGGAGGACGACGACGGCGGCGAAGAGGCUGGUUCGAUCGACGUCGAGGCUCUCGAGCGGGAAGCCAGGGAGGCGGUCGUGGAGUACUCGCGUUCUCUGUCGCGCGAGCUGCGAAGCGAAGACGAGGGGAAUGAGCAAAAGGAAGCUACUGGAAAGCAGAAAAGGGGUAAACGGGCUAUAAAAAAUGUUAUCCCUGAUCAUCUUCUUCCAAGGGUGGCAAUUGUUGGAAGGCCUAAUGUGGGUAAAUCAGCACUCUUCAAUCGCCUUGUUGGGGGGAAUAAGGCAAUUGUCGUGGAUGAACCUGGGGUCACUAGAGAUCGAUUGUAUGGAAGAUCCUUUUGGGGACACUUUGAAUUUAUGGUUGUGGAUACUGGCGGAGUUCUCACAAUAUCAAAAUCACAGGCUGAUGUUAUGGAAGACUUAGCAAUUACCACCACCAUAGGCAUGGAUGGGAUACCACUUGCCUCAAGGGAGGCUGCUGUUGCCAGGAUGCCUACCAUGAUUGAGAAACAAGCUAUUGCCGCUGUGGAGGAGUCAAAUGUCAUCAUAUUCCUUGUUGAUGGCCAGGCAGGUCUAACAGCAGCCGAUGUGGAGAUAGCUGACUGGCUGAGAAAGAACUACUCUGAUAAGUACAUCAUACUUGCAGUAAACAAAUGUGAAUCGCCUCGUAGAGGAAUAUUGCAGGCAUCUGAAUUUUGGUCAUUGGGGUUUUCGCCGCUUCCUAUUUCUGCUAUAUCUGGGAGUGGAACAGGGGAUCUUCUUGAUCUUGUUUGCUCAGGACUGAAAAAGAUUGAGGCCCACGUGAAUUUUGAAGAAGAAGAAAGUUAUGUUCCGGCAAUUGCUAUUGUUGGCCGCCCUAAUGUGGGUAAAAGUAGCAUUUUGAAUGCAUUGGUUGGAGAGGACAGAACAAUUGUUAGUCCAAUCAGUGGAACCACCCGCGAUGCUAUUGAUACUGAAUUUGUGGGAGCAGAUGGCCAGAAGUUCCGGCUUAUUGAUACAGCUGGAAUCAGAAGAAGAGCAGCUGUUGCUUCAUCAGGCAGUACAACAGAGGCAUUAUCUGUCAACCGAGCAAUUCGCGCCAUCCGACGUUCUGAUGUAGUCGCACUUGUCAUUGAGGCAAUGGCUUGCAUCACAGAGCAGGAUUACCGGAUUGCUGAGAGGAUAGAAAAGGAAGGAAAAGGUUGCCUUAUUGUUGUAAAUAAGUGGGAUACGAUACCCAAUAAAAACCAGCAAAGUGCAACAUACUAUGAACAAGAUGUCAGGGAGAAGCUCCGCAGUCUUGAUUGGGCACCGAUUGUUUAUUCAACUGCAAUAGCUGGUCACAGUGUUGAAAAGAUCAUUGUUGCUGCAGGCACGGUGGAAAAGGAGAGGUCAAGAAGGCUUAGCACUGCUAUACUAAAUCAAGUGGUGCACGAGGCAGCGGCUUUUAAAGCACCUCCACGGACACGUGGAGGAAAGAGGGGGCGGGUUUAUUACUGCACUCAGGCUGCUAUCAGGCCGCCCACAUUUGUUUUCUUUGUAAAUGAUGCCAAACUUUUCCCCGAGACGUAUCGGAGGUAUAUGGAGAAGCAACUGCGAUCAGAUGCAGGGUUUGCAGGUACCCCUAUUCGGCUUCUAUGGCGCAGCAGAAAGAAAACGGAAAAAGGGAGGGCUUCAACAAAUGCACAGGGUGCCAGCAUUGCUCCAGAUAGAAAAUUGGUCAUUGCUACAUGAACAGAUUCAUCUUUGGAAGCUUUCCUUCAGAGGCUUAAUCAACAGCUAACUGCAUUGUCGAACCCAGAGAAGCUACAUACUAAGUCACAGCUGUUGACGACAUUGUUUAUCCUGCCUCGCGGACAGAUUCGUAGUUGGGGUUGUUCUCUUUAUGGCAGUGAAGGUUAUGCCCAGAAAUGAUUAGAACAAGGCAGCCAUAUAGAUGGGGCGUACACACGCAUACUGGAAGUGUUAAUAUGUGGUGGUUGAGAAGUUUUAAAUUGGUUGUGUGUGUUCUGGACCAAUACUAUCUAUAAACACGGAACGCUUUUAGGAAGAAGCAAUUUUUUUUUUUCAUUCAAAAGGAAGAAGCAUUUUGAAAUGCUGCUUUUUGGAAACUUCUUUGAUUAUUAAUCUCCAAAUGUCAAUUUUGUAAAA